UGUCUUGGCAUUCUUUGUAAUAUUAACUCCCAUCAUUUCUGUUAUAAGUCCGCAGUGUUUGGUCAUCUCCUGUACUAUGUCCGCAGUCUCUGGUCAUCUCCUGUAGUAUGUCCGCAGUCUCUGGUCAACUCCUGUAGUAUAUCCACAGUCUAUGGUCAUCUCCUGUACUAUGUCAGCAGUCUCUGGUCAUCUCCUGUAGUAUGUCCGCAGUCUCUGGUCAACUCCUGUAGUAUAUCCACAGUCUCUGGUCAUCUCCUGUACUAUGUCUGCAGUCUCUGGUCAUCUCCUGUAUUAUGUCCGCAGUCUCUGGUCAUCUCCUGUACUAUGUCUGCAGUCUCUGGUCAUCUCUGUCCUGUAGUAUGUUCCGCAGUC